CAAGAACGUUCGAGAAUUUUAGAGUACUUUUCCAACAGGUAUUACGAUUGCAAUCCUGCUGAGUUUUCGGGAACGGAUGAAUGUUUUUCUCUAACUUUUGCUGUUGUUCUUUUAAAUACGGAUCUGCACUCUGAAGGCGUUGAAAACAAAAUGAGUGUAUCUGAUUUUGUUAAGAAUUUCAAAGCUUUACAUCCAGAAGGCUCUUGGCCAGAGGAGCGACUAAAGAAAGUUUACUACAGCAUCAAAAAGUGUGAGCUCGGCUAUCCCCCGCCCUCACACUUCUACCAAAAUUCCUUUUGUCGCCCCGACAGCCUUCCCCCCGGCGCUGGCGCUGAUACUUCUCGCUCGCUUAGCCGCAAAAUAAAGACUCUUUUAAGGCAGGAAAGAGGGAAAGGGGCGCGCUUUAGCACCAUCACCGUGACGCUGACUACACCACGGGACGACACGAGGUCGGAGGCGCAUCGUUCCUCAUUACUUGCAAAGGAGUCGUUUGUCGCCCUGCAGGGAUUUUGCAAAGUUAAUUAUAAGUUUGUGGACUUAAGAAAAAAAUGGGAAGGAACUUUUAGACCUUUUAAAAAGUGGUCUCUAUUCUGGAUGACACUAAGGCCCCCGUAUUUAGAAUUUUAUAUACCUGAAAAAUUUAAAGAUAAAAGGCUUUACUACAGGAUCACGGUGCACCACUCCUUUAGUAAAAUACCCAAAGUCAAUCAUGCAAAUCGGUUUGUGUUUUGCGGUAACGACGGAAGAGAAAUCUAUAUAUCCUGUGAGAGCUCCGAGAAGUGCAGUGAGUGGCUGAACGCCAUAAAUAAAACAGCAGCGUAUGUCUCCAUGUCGCCGUUGGGUAGACCCAUUGGCACGAAACCAACCACCUUCCAGCGACCGAUCCUUCCGACCACGGACAGCCAAGGAAUCAGGACACGACAGAUCUCCAUGUGUAAAAGACAAAUAGCUUCGUUUGAAACGGAGCUUCGGGAGCUGCUGAAUAGUCCUCAGAAAAAUGUUAGAGAAAGACUGAAUGACGCGAAAGUUAAAUACUGGAUGGACAACCUUGAUUAUGUCCAAUACGAGCUCGAGAGAUACCGAACGUACUUGAAACUCCUGUGCACCAAUGGCGGAUAGUUUAUAUCUCAAAGAAAAUGGCUAAAAAAAGUUAUGA